AUGGCGGAAGCGAACGUUAGGGUUUUGAGGUUCGCUUCUCUCAACAACUUCCGUCAACUCUCUCCGGUCGUGAAGAGUCAUCUUAAGCGGGUUUAUAUCUCCUUAAUAUGUGCUCUUGCUGCGUCUGCUUUUGGAGUUUACAUCCAUAUGCUCUUUAACAUCGGUGGAUUUGUCACUGAUCUUCUAUUCUUUCAAAGCAUCAAGUGGUUGCAUUCUACUCAUACAAAUCAACAAUCAACAAAUCGGCUCUACGUUCUGUUUCUAUCUACCGUUCUUAAAGGUGCUUCAGUUGGUCCCAUGAUCAAGUUAGCCAUUGAUCUUGACUCAAGCAUUUUGAGCACUGCAUUUGUGGGAACAUCAGUGGUAUUUUCGUGUUUGUCUUGCGGUGCAAUGUUGGCGAGGCGCAGAGAAUAUCUUUACCUUGGAGGUCUACUUACUCCUGGUCUCUCCACACUUAGUCCGUUACUGUUUGCUUCUUUCAUCUAUAGAGGCUAUGGCUCUACAUGGUUAUUUAACAUUGAGCUAUACUUUGGACUCUUUCUCUUUGCGGGAUACAUGCCGGUGGACACACAGGAGAUUGUCGAGAAAGCACACAAUGGGGACAUGGACUAUCUUGAACAUUCAUUUUCUUCUUUCACUGAUUUUGUUGCUGUGUUUGUUCGAGUUCUCAUCAUCCUCAUGUUGAAGAACUCUGCACAUAAGGUAGAGAAGAAUAGCAUGGCUCUUCUAGCUCGUUUGGUCUGCCCGGUUACUAAAAUCGUAAUCCAUAACAUGUUGGAUGCUCGAAAUAGGGAGGCAUAG